CCAAGCCUACAGAGCAUUGCCUUCAGAGAGAGAAAGUGACACAGCUUGCAGUGUGUGUCUCUCUCUGUGUGUGUAUGCAGAGAAUUUGGGAUACACCGCGUAUUUACCGAGGAUUUAUUUUGCGCGAGAAACUUACUCGUGCCUUCCGUCGCGUUCAAAGUAGCAGAUUCAUUCAGCACGCGGAUUGAAAGACGCGGAUUUGGAUUUUAAACACCGAUGAUACCAACCCUGACAGACAUGGAGUCCCUCCAAAUCUGUGUCCACCAUGUCCCUUUCUGUGCGCCCCACGCGGAGGGUCGUGGGCAGAUCCAUCACUAGAAGCCAGUCGUUCGCCGGAGUCAACUCCUACGACAAGUCCUACAGGAGCCUUUCAGUGUUCAGCACCCCGGGGUGUGUGAGGAAGACUCCCUCCAGAGCAAGCAGGAUGUUCACGCUCUCCACUAAAUCGCCUCCCCCAAAGGUGCCUCAGCCGGAGCGACUGGACGAGGUGUACGAGGCCCUCAAGAGAGGACUGCAAUCAUACCUGCAGGUCCAUCAGAUGGAGCUGGAUGGUCUGAACAGGCAAAUGAAGGAGUCUAAGAGGAACUCUCGCUUGGGUUUUUUGUAUGAACUUGACAAGCAAGUGAAAGUGAUUGAGAGAUUCAUGAGACGACUGGAGUUUCAUCUUAGUAAGAUUGAUGAGCUGUAUGAGGCCUACUGUAUGCAGCGCAGACUGAGAGACGGAGCCGAUAAGAUGGUGAAGGCUUACACUGCAUCUCCAGGCAGCAGAGAGGCUAGAGAGAGUCUGUCAGAAGCUAACAAGAGCUUUAAAGAGUACACAGAGAAUAUGUGCAUGCUAGAGAGUGAGCUGGAGAACCAGCUGGGGGAAUUCCAUAUCAAAAUGAAGGGCUUGGCUGGUUUUGCACGUCUAUGUGCUGGAGAUCAGUAUGAGAUCUUUAUGAAGUAUGGUCGCCAGCGGUGGAAGCUGCGGGGUCGGAUUGAAAUCAAUGGCAAGCAAGUGUGGGACAGUGAGGAGAUGGUCUUCCUCCCGCUCAUCACGGAGUUUCUGUCCAUAAAGGUGACGGAGCUAAAGAGUCUGGCCAAUCAUGUGGUAGUGGGAAGUGUCUCGUGUGAGACGAAGGACUUGUUUGCAGCACUGCCACAAACAGUAGCUGUGGAUAUUAAUGACCUGGGCACCAUCAAACUCAGUCUAGAGGUCUCCUGGAAUCCAUUUGACAAAGAUGAUCAGUCGUCUUCAGCCAGCACCGUGAACAAAGCUCCUACUGUCAACAAACGCUUCUCUACCUACAACCAGAGUCCUCCAGACACUCCUUCUCUACGAGAGCAGGCCUUCUAUAACAUGUUGAGGAGACAAGAAGACAUGGAGAAUGGGACAGCCUGGUCAAACUCCUCUGAAUCCUCAGACGACUCGUCCAGUCCUCAGCUUUCCUUAGCAAUGCGUCACGCUCACAAGAACUUAGUUCAGCCUGAGGUACAAGCUGCUCCUCCUGCCAUCGAAAUCUCAUUUGCACCUCGCGAAUCAGCCACCUCUACUCCCUCCCGGCUGGCCAAUCAGAAAGAAGAGGACGAGGAAGAAGAAGAGGAUCUGAAGAAACCAGCAGCCACCAUAAGAGUCACAACAGAGGCUCCUGCAAAACCGGAAGUGCCCAAUGGCCAUCCUCGCUACUCUCACUCGCUUAGCCAUAUUAGCGAGAUCAGCGCAGAUGGUGUUUUGACAGACAGAUUGACAGGGGAAUCUGACGAAGUGACUUCAACGGUCUCUUCGGUAUUAGAAAGUGACAUUUCCAUGGAUGCUCCUCACAGAGCAGAACUGUGUUUUGUUGUACCAGACACUCAGGAGACCUGCCUCAUUCCUGAUCCCUCAACGAAUGAGCCAUCAUGUCCUGCUGAGCCAAUGAACUGUUCAGAAUGUCACUCUCCUGCUGAAAGCGCAGUUCGUGAGUCGGCUGCUGAGAAAGCUUCAGAGCUCACCUGUGGAGAUAAAGACUCUGCCCACAAUGCUUUGUCCCAGCAGACGGACAAUGGGGAUUGUAGAACUGAUUCCUCUCAUGAGCCACAACACACAAAGACACAAACAGACAAUCUGCUGGCGGAGAAGUCUGGCUCUUUGGUGGACACCAGAUCUGUGGGUGGUUUGGAGGGACAGUCGGUGGACAAUGGUCUGGAGGAGGCCCUUAGUGGCGUUUUAUCCUCUCUUGAUGACUAUAGAGGCCAGUUCCCUGAACUACAGGUUCUCGAGCAGGAGCUGAAGAUGCUGGAGGAGACGCUCACGACGCGGAGUCGCAGUCGCUCCUCCAGUGUCAGUUUGACGGUUGAAACAGCUCUGGGAAGCUUUGACUUCCUCAACACAUCAGACCUGGAGGAAGAAGAGGAGGAUGAGGAGGAAGAUGGAGAGAAACAGAGUGUGUCAGACAGAAGCAGCACAAAGGAGCGUCCCGCAGCUGUGGAGAGUGCAGGAGAGGACGAGGGCUGUGAGGCCAGAUGUUGGGACACUCCUUCAGGUCCUCUCAGUACAAGCUGCCCAGCUCUAGAUCAGACCCUACUGGUUCAUCUCAAGUACUGCAGCUCACAGCUGCUGAGACUAGGCACCUUCGGGCCUCUGCGCUGUGGGGAAAUGUAUGCUCUGGACCGACUUCUCAGAGAAGCAAGAGUCCUGGAGCUCAUACGGUGGGCCGUGAAGGACUCUAGGGGUGCAGACGUCCAACCAGAAGAAGUUGUUCCUCAGUUAGAUCAGUGUCAGGGGGCCGUGUUGCUGUGGCGUCAGUGUACGGAUGGCUGCGGUGUCUACAGCUCCUCCGCUGAGGCCUUCUUACAGGCGCUCAGUGAGGCUUACGCUAGCAGACUCCCUGAGAGAUGUGCUGGAUUCAGUGAUGCAGUGUUUCUGCGUCUGCUGGAGAGGAUCCUGGAGAGGAAGCUGCCCAGGCGUGCAGGAAGCACGUCCAAAGAGACUCUCACCCUCUUCCAGUUUUGGAGCUACCUGGAGGCAGAGGGAGUGAAUGACUUGGACACACACAUUCCUGAGUUGGCUGAAGAAGUGUGGCUGGUUCAGUGUCUGCAGUCUGGCGAUCAGGAUGUUCUGGUCAAGUGUUUGAAGAAGCCCCCGGAGUGCAGUCUGAAGAGAGAGGGUUUGCGGGCGGUCAGUCUGCUGCUCCGGGACCCGAGAGGGAAAGUGUGCAGCGCCGCCAGCUCCCUGCUGAGGAGUCUAGCAGACCAGACCCGGCACAGGGAGAGGGCGCUGGUGAGCUGUCUAGAGUUACUGGAGGAUGAAAGCAUUGAGACACGAGUGUGUGGAUGUAAAGCACUCGCAUGUCUGAAGGCCAAAGAGAGCAUCGAGCAGCUGGUGUAUCUGUGCCGGACAGAUAAGGAGGAUGUGAGAGAUGCUGCCAAACAAGCCCUGCUAGUGCUAGGUGAGGAGGGAAAGAUGGCCCAUCGACACCUUGAGUCCUCACAAGAUGGGAUGUCCCGGCUCUUCUCCCCCGGCAGCAUGGCCAGUACAGCAUUCUAACACAAUCAACUGGGCCAAAAACAACACCUUCCAGUAUCCUCACCAUCAUGAUCAUGCCAGUUACAAACUAUUAAAUACACACUAAACUACAUACAGAUCACACACUCACAGAUAAAGAGUGCCAGCGCUGUCCUCAAAAGAUGUGGACGGAUGCUAUAUACAAUCAUUGGACCAGUGGACUUGUAUAUUAUUAUUAAUAUUCUGGACAUGGCCUAAUAAGAUGAACUACUGUAAAGUAAUGUGGUAAACUAUCAUAGUGGAGAUGGGUUUAUAAACAACAUUUGCUGCCUUAUGAUUGGGCCCAAUGGAGUUGCCUUCACAAUUCAAGGACGUUUUUCAGCAAUGCAUGUGGUGACUGAUAGCGACGGGAGAUAAAGUGUUAUUUUCACUUUAAUAAUGCAAGUAGAUGACGAUUAGCUGUGGAGUACAUGCAGAAACUGGUCGUCUGUAAGGAGUGCUAAUGUGUGCGUGUACAUAUAGAUCGCAGAAUGUAUGUUGGUUAAGUAGGAUGGGGAUCAUGGGAAGCGUUUCCUUAUAAAUCCCAAACUUUCAUAGGGACCUUGUUGCCAUAAAAAGUGUAACAGUGCCAUUCCAUACUGUCAUAUGCUUUAUUGAUACAGAAUAUAUAUCUAUAUCCCAUUGGAAGUGUAAAUGUUUUGUGUUGUAAUUUAGUUUUAAUGUUGAAAUGCUCAAUAGAAAGCGCAGAUUUAAUUUGAUUCACCGUUUACUUCACUUUUAAGCCACUGGCGAUGUGAAAGUGGUGUAUUUUUAAAGAUGUCAUCAUCAUGAGUGAAGGCUAUUGUGAAUAUUGCCCUUUGCGAUGGGUUUGAGCAACCUCUUCAUGCUCAUGAUCUUUGAAUGAUGUUCGACUCGGAGCAUUUCUCCAGUGCUGCUAGAAUGAAAGCUAAAAGAGUUGGAGCCAGAGAAGGUUCAUUUAUUUUAUUUGAUUUUUUUUUAUCCGAGUUCAAUCUGUUCCAGACUUAAAUAUGACAAAGAAAACGCCUCUUCAGUGUAUAAGUGCCUCGAAUUAGCAUGGGGAGCGAGAGAAUGAGAUAGAUCGACUUUAUUUAAAACUCAAGGACUGUGGUUUAGGAUUGCAAACCGCAGAACAGAUUUAAAUAAAUAUAUUUUUCAUUAUUAUCUACAGAUUGUGCAGCAUUAAAGAAGUGAUUUACUUUUGAUUUGUUUUUUAUUUACUCUAAAUAUGUAUAUUGUCUGACAAGGAUAUUGCUGACAUGAACUGUAAAGGAAACUAUUAAAAUUAUGAACACUUAAAACUUGGCUGAUUUAUUUAAAAGAU